AUGUCCGUGCGGUAUUACCUCAAUGGCAGCCGGCACAAGAUUAUCAUCACCGCUGGCGAUGAUGUCAACGUGACGGCUGCUUCGUACUCGGGCGUCCUGUCCGUGGCUGUGGCCGUUUCGAACACGCUGCAAGGCAACGUGAGUGGUCUUUGCGGUGCGUACGAUGGUGUUUUGGAAAAUGAGUUUUACUGGCGAGGCUGCCCGCCCAACCGGCGAGGCCAAUACUGCCAGCUCCUGGAUUGUCCUGGCACCCCAGAUUGCGGUGGGUUUGGCACAUGCACACUCGCGCGCCCCGGUGGCACGCCGUAUUGUGAGUGCGAACCGUACUUCGGUGGCAAUGACUGCAGUCAAUUGAGCUGCCCCGUUUCAUGUGGUAGCCAUGGCUCGUGUUGCGUAGCCGGCUACGGUGGUGUCAACUGCGACGUUCCUCUUGUGUGUCCGAUGAGCAAUGCAACAGAGUGCGCCGGCCACGGUCAGUGCACCGUGGUUGGAAACACUCCUACUUGCAUUUGUGAUGAAGGCUUCACGGGUCCCAUGUGUGCUGCUUGUGAUGAGGGUUUGGGUGGCAAUGAUUGCAACCUGAAUGUCUCGUGCCCGGGCUCGUGCUCGGGUCGCGGACUGUGCGUACCUGAUGGACCAACGGCCAACCUCUCCGUCAGCCUCAAUGGCACCUGCAGCUGCUUCUCAGGAUACGAGGGGGCUGAUUGUUCGCAGCUUCGCUGCCCGGGUUCGCCAUCUGCGUGCUCAGGCAAUGGCUACUGCAGAGAACGCGAACAAGGUGGUGUGGAGUGCAUUUGCGACGAAGGCUUUGCUGGCGCAAAUUGC